AAUAAUAAAAAGAGUACAUCUGUUUGCACACCCAAUAAAUUUUUUAACGUGUCAUGGCGAGUACUAGGGUUAGGGCAAGAGGCGACGCGACUUGGGGCAGCGGCAGCUUCCGAAGGUGGCAAGGGUACAACCGGAGGAUCGGGGAGUAUGGGCAUUGGCGAAAGGGACAGGUGGAAUUGUUUUUCUUCUACAAUUUUCCAGAGAAUUGGGAUGCAAAGGAUAUGUGGCACCGUUUUCAGGAGUGUGGAAAGGUUGCAGAUGUGUUUGUUCUAGGGAAGAGGGAUAGAUGGGGGAAACGAUUUGGCUUCGUUAGAAUGGAAGGGGUGAAAGAUGUGAAACAAGUGGAGGAGAGGCUUAAUAGGAUAUGGCUUGGAUCCUAUAAGUUAAGGGUAAGAAUAGCGGCUGAUAGAGGGCCACAACGGCUGGGUACUCGGAGGAAUGUGGGGGUGAAGGCUAAGAGUAGAGAGCAGAAAUAUGUUCAGCCAGGGAAGUCAUAUGUCGAGGCAGUGGAGCCGGAAACCUGUGGGGUGAGAGGUUCAGUUGAUAAGAUGGGUAGUGUUAUGGUGGAGAAUAAUAGGGAGGAGAUUAUAGAGUUUUCUCCAUUAUAUGAGGAAAAGCAGUGGCUGGAGGGGAGUGUCGUUGCAGUGGUAAGAUCGAUGACAGUAAUCUCUAGCAUUCAAGAGCGAAUAGAUGUCGAUGGGGGUUUGAUUAACAUCUCACCAUUGGGAGGACGGAGUUUACUGUUAACGGAGCGUUCGAAGGGUUUUUUGAGUGAGUAUCUGCAUCAAAACAAAGUCUUAUUUGAUCUCUGGUGUGAGGCUAUCCAUCCAUGGGCAUUGGCGCCUCAACAGGGUGCUCGAAUGGUAUGGUUACGAAUAUCUGGAGUCUCGUUGAAAGCAUGGUGCGAUCGGUGCUUUGAGAAGAUAGCAAGUCAUGUUGGGGAGGUGCAUAAAAUUUCCAAAACUUUCAAGCUAAAAGUGGAGGAUGAGAUGUAUGAGAUCAGGCUAUCGAAGGAAGAAUGGCGCGUUGACCUGGACUGGUGGUUGGCUGAUGAAGAUUGCCGGGGAACGUUGGAACCAGAAUCGGAGACAGAAUCGGAAUAUUCUUUGUCGGUUAAGGGUGAGGAGGAUCACGUAUUCAAGUGUGCCGAGAUUUGUGGCGUUGAUGAAGAUGGCAUUGAUGAGGAACGGUUACAUAAGGAGGGGAUUUUGAAUUCAAAUCUGGAUGUCGAACAGGCCGGCAAGGAAGUUGUAAGAGAAGAAGAGAAUGGGCUAAAUGGGCCUGGUGUCGAAAUGGGCUUGUUGGAGGCUUCGAGAGAAGGGCUGGAAGCUGAGAUGGCGCUAGAGCCGUGGGUUUAUGGGCUCGCAGUGCAGGAAAUAGGGCAAAUGAGGGACGCGCUGCAGAGUGCUUUUCGAAAAAGAGGGGAAGUGUCGGGGAAAGCUCAAAAUGAAUUAAAAUCUGCUGUGUCUUUGGGAAUUAGGGAUUCCAGAGAGAAAAGAAGAAAAGCCAUAAAAGAUUGUUACCCACAAGAUCAAGCGGCUAAUUGCGAAGAGGGCAUUCUACGGGGCACCAGCCGAACCAAAUUGUGGACACCCCAGCAACUGCAGCAGGUGGUGACGAUGCCGGCAAGACGAUCUGGAAGCUCCUCGCUGUCGGACGGGUGUAUAGCUCACAGAAAUCAGGGUAAUGAAGAAGAGGUUCAGUCGAGAUUGAUGGAGAUGGAGGCUCGGGAUGAGGGGCAGGGGAGGGAGGGGAGUGUUGAAAAGGAAGGAGGUGGGAAGGAUGGUGAAUGGGGUCCAAAGAAGAUGAAGUGUAACUUUGUCAACGUCUAUGCACCAACCGACAAACGUAAGAAAGUGAAGUUGUGGGCAGAACUUCGACAAAGAAUAAUGGACGAGGAAGGUAGAUGGCUAAUUGUAGGUGAUUUUAAUGCUGUUAGGUGUAUAGAAGAAAGGAAAGGUAGGACAGGGGAGUCUCUGGACAUGAAGGAAUUCGAUGAUUUCGUAGUGUCAACUGGUUUGGUGGAUCUUAAAUUGGCAAAUAGACGAUUUACAUGGUAUAUGCCUGAUGGAUCAGCUAUGAGUCGUCUGGAUAGAGCCCUAUUGUCAGUUGAGAUGUGUAAUAUAGGGGAGGAAUGGGUGCAACAAGGACUGAAAAGGACAGUGUCUGAUCAUUGUCCCAUUAUGGUGAAAACAAUGGUGGUUGACUGGGGCCCAAAACCUUUUCGAGUCCUUGAUGCAUGGCAACAGCACCCGCAGUUUAAGAAGGUGGUGGAGGAUAAAUGGAAGGAAUUGAAUGUGGAUGGGUAUGCUGGAUAUAGAUGCAAGCAGAAGUUGAAGAGUUUGAAAGAGUUCUUGAAAGGUUGGAACAAGGAGGUGUUUGGGAAUAUGGAAACAGAAUUCCAACGUGUUGCACAUAAAGUGGACCAGAUUGAUAUGAAGAAUGAAAUGAUGGAUUUGGAGGACAGAGAAGUGGAUCAAAGGAAAGAAGGUUUUGAGGAGAUAUGGGAUAUACUGAGGAAAAGGGAAGCCAUAUGGAAACAAAAAUCUAGAAGUGAGUGGGUUAAGUUGGGGGAUCAGAAUUCAAGAUAUUUUCAUAAAAUUGCUAAUGGAAGGAAGGCCCAGAAUAGCAUUUCAGGCUUAUUGUGUGCUGGUCGGUGGGUGGAGGAACCAGAUAUGGUAAAGAAAGAGGUGGUUAAUUUCUUUCGCAAGCUGUUUCAGGAGGAACAUUGGAACCGCCCCAAGCCUACGAAUCUAGUAUUCAAGAGGAUUUUUGAUGAGCAGAGAAUGUGGCUCGAAAGACCUUUCUCUGAUGUGGAGAUUGAAGAAGGGCUGAAGAACUGUGCUGGAGGUAAAGCGCCAGGGCCUGACGGGUAUAACUUUAAUUUCCUUAAACUUUUCUGGAAUAGUAUUAAGGAAGAUUUUGUUAGUUUUUUUCGGGAAUUCCAUCAGCACAGUAGAUUAGUGAGGGGUUUGAACUCUUCGUUUCUUGCAUUGAUUCCUAAGAAGUUAAGCCCUAAGGAAUUAAAAGAUUUUAGGCCUAUUAGUUUGAUUGGAUGUGUGUAUAAAUUGCUGGCUAAAGUAUUGGCUAAUAGGCUUAAGGUAGUGAUGCCAGAGAUUAUUGGAGAAGCGCAAUCUGCUUUUGUAGGGGGCCGACAAUUAGUGGAUAGUGCUUUAGUUUUAAAUGAGGUUGUGGAUGAGGUUCGGAUGAGGAAGAAAUUAGCUUUUAUUUACAAGGCAGAUUUUCAAAAAGCCUACGAUUGUGUUAAUUGGUCGUUUUUGGAUGGGAUGAUGGAUGGGUUUGGUUUUGGAGCCAAAUGGAGGGGCUGGAUCAUGAAGUGUCUCUCAACUGCAAGAUUUUCAGUGUUGGUAAAUGGAAGCUCGACAGAGGAGAUUGAUAUGGAGAAAGGGUUAAGGCAAGGGGAUCCUUUAUCCCCUUUCCUAUUUUUGAUGGUCGUCGAAGGAUUAAAUGGGUUGGUCAAAACAUUGGAGAAUGAGGGUUUACUACAUGGUAUUGAAGUUGGUAAAAGGGGGUUGACGGUUUCUUUGUUACAGUUCGCUGAUGAUACAGUGUUUUUGGGGAUGGCUGAUAGUGGAAAUAUUACCAUGGUUAAGACUAUUUUGAGGUGGUUCGAGUUGAUGUCGGGUUUGAGACUUAACUUCAACAAAAGUAGUCUGUACAGGUUAGGAGAUGGAAGGGAGGGGUUAUGGAAGAGGGUAGUGAAAGAUAAAUAUUAUGAUGGUGAAGGGGAGGUAGGUAUGAUAGAUGUGGACACUGUGAGGGUGUCUAAAAUUUGGGGUGACAUUAUUUGUGUAGGUGGGCAAUCAACGAAGCUUAAGAAUAUGUUGGUGAAGGGGUUUCGAUGGAAGGUGGGGGAUGGAAGUCGGGUGGGUUUUUGGAGAGAUGUUUGGGUGGGGAACAAAUCGUUACGAGAUUUAUUUCCAAGGCUUUUUCAGUUAGCUGAAUAUAAAGAGAGCAAGGUUAAGGAAAAUGGAUCAUGGGAGAGGGAUAGUUGGAACUGGGAAUUGAAGUGGUGGAGAGAGAGAAGGAGGCGUGAACAGGAUGAGGAGAAGAAGUUCUGGGAGGUUUUAGGCAGUGUACAGCUUAGGCAUAGUGAGGUAGAUACUUGGCAGUGGGCAUAUGAUGUUGGUGCCAUCAAAAGUAAGUUUUUUUGGGUGGAGGAUGUGUCUAGACAGGCUGCCAACAAGAUGGAAUUUGCAAAAGAGAGGGAUGCUUGGUCAGUAUGGGUUAAGGUGAUUCGGUGGUGGGGUUUGGAGGUUGUGAUGCCGGAUAAGUGGCAGAACAAUCCGGUGGAAUGUGCAAAGGAAUUGACCCGGUACAAGAAGUCUUUGAAGAUUUUUAAGCAGCAACAGGGGAGGUGUCUUCAACCGGAUUCUCCUGAGGCUGAGACGUGAAUGCAAGUUUUGGGGUGAUGUUUGACAAAUGUUUGCUGUGCCGGAACUUUUUCUUUGUGCUGAUGACUGUUUUUAGAGUAAUGGUCUGUUGGGUUAUGAUGUUUCAUUUAUGUGUAAAAGGGCAGGAGCACCCCUUGUGCUCCAUUAAAAAUAAAUAAAUAUUUUAUUU